AUGCGCUCGUCACUACCGUUUCUCACUGCCCUGGGCUGUAUCUCGGCCGCUUUGGCAGUUCCCCAUCCCAGAGUGCAUACUCCAGAGUACGUCAACUGGACCACUUUCAAAGCCAACGGAGUCAACCUCGGAGGCUGGCUCGUCCAGGAGUCCACGAUUGACAGCCAGUUCUGGGGCACAUAUUCCGGCGGCGCAGACGAUGAAUGGGGACUUUGUGAACAUCUAGGAUCCCGGUGUGGACCUGUGUUGGAGCAUCGAUAUGCGACCUACAUCACGAAAAGCGACAUCGAUAAGCUGGCCAACGUUGGUGUAGAAGUCUUACGAAUUCCCACGACAUACGCCGCCUGGAUCAAGCUCCCUGGCUCCCAACUGUACUCGGGGAACCAGACAGCCUACCUCAAACAGAUCGCCGACUACGCGAUCACCAACACCGGACACUGGGGCUGGUACUACAACGAGACCGCGUUCGACUACUCCAUGCAAGUCAUUGACGCCGUCAUCUCCUUCGUCCAGAACUCCGGCUCACCCCAAUCAUACACCAUCGAGCCGAUGAACGAGCCUACCGAUAACCCGGAUAUGUCCGUCUUCGGAACCCCAGCCGCACUUUCAGAUCGCGGAGCCACCUGGGUCCUGAAGUAUAUCCGUGCCGUGAUCGAUAAGGUCGCAUCUGUCAACCCCAACAUCCCAGUCAUGUUCCAGGGAAGCUUCAAACCGGAGCAGUACUGGUCCGGUCAGCUCCCGGCCGACGCGAACCUGGUCUUUGACGUCCACACCUACUACUUCGAGCGCAACGUCACGUCUGAGACCCUGCCAACCCACCUGUACGCGGACGCGCGGUCCAAGGCUGGAGACGGCAAGUUCCCUGUGUUCACGGGCGAGUGGGCUAUCCAAACGCUAUACCAGAACUCCUUUGCCCUCCGCGAGAGGAAUGUGAAUGCGGGCCUCGAUGCCAUGUACAAGUAUUCCCAGGGCAGCUGCUACUGGACCGCCAAGUUCUCGGGCAAUGCGACCGUGAACGGGCAAGGAACCCAAGCAGACUACUGGAACUUUGAGUACUUUGUUGACCAGGGGUACAUUGACCUGACGAGAUUCCAUCAGACGAACUAG